UUUCAGCUACGGAACAUGUCAAAGCGAGGACAAUCAUCUUCAAUGUCUUACAAAGACAAGGCAAAUCUUCAUUUCGUCGAACAAGAAGAGCCCGCUUUUAUUAAAGCAAUGAAAGCAAAAUUGGGAUACAAGGAACCAGCUAAGCUCGAGGACAAGUACGAAGAUGAGGCCGGCCCAGCCGAUUUUGACGACGAUGAAACUGAUUUAAUGCGGAUGAAGGAAGAAGAUAGACCACAGGUGGUUGUGUUAAACGAAAAGACUGAUUUGACGAAAGAAGAGCUUGAAAAAGAGCUGGAAGAAAAGAAAAAGGAAGAAGGUGACAAAUUGAUUGCCGAAGGGAAAAUCACUUUCAAGAAACCAACAAAACGAGCAGGAGAUAGUGCUGCAGCUGACGAAGAAGAAAAGAAGAAGAAGAAGAAUGCUCCCUUGCCAAAAGUUCAAAAAGGUCUCUUAUCGUUUAACGAUGAAGAUGAAGAAGAAUAUUAAUUUUUUCCGUUUUUAUCUUGUUUUAUUGAAUCUAAAAUUAUUACCUUCGCUGAAUAAAGCGUAUUGAUCUCUC